AGUUAGCCAACGGACUCAACGCAAUUGAAUUUUUUCAACCGUCAUCUUUAUUUUUAUUUUGUUGGAUUUUAAAGUAAAACGAGAAAAUGGCUGGCCGCGGUGGUGCAAAGAAAGAACUGGAUCCCGAGGAGCAGAUGAAGCGCAAGUUUCGCGCCAAAUGUUUGUUCCGCGCGCUCGGGCGCCUUGUCAUGGCGAACACGUACUGGCUGGCAGAAGCAGUCGAUCAUUACGAGGGCGUGGAAGACGUGAAGCGGAGAGUUGAGCAGGCUGUGCGAGGGAAAGCCAAAAAGAAGCAGCUUUUGAAUAUAAAUGACAAAGCCCUUUUGAAUAAGCACGCUGAAGAACGAACAGACCAAGAGAAAAAGUAUAUCUACCGUAUAAUUGGCGGCUUGAAAUGCUUCAAGCGAUAUCCCAAUCAUGUGAAAAAGAAAUUGGCGGCAGUAACGUACUUCAAGUACUACAGCCCCGGGCGGACUAUAGUCCGGCAGCACCACGAGGCUCACGCUUUGUACUUCAUCGUCACUGGUGACGUAGUCGUCAGCCAGAUGAUAUUCGACGAGCUCCUGCAGAAGUAUGUGUCGGUGGACAUUGGCGUGAUGCAUCAGGGAGACAUGUUCGGAGAAGUCUCCCUACUGCAUAAUAUUCCGAGAACUGCGACUGUAACUACGACUGGUCACUGUGAGUUGCUGGCUCUGAUGAAAGAAGACUUCAAGAAUGUUCUUCAAGCAUCUGUGCAAAAACAAUGGGACGAAGUGCGCGAUGCCAUGUCCGCUUUUACAUACUUUGAUGCUCUUGAUGAGGUCGCUCGGCGUGAAGGUUGUAUAGUCGCAAAGAUGAAAUCGUACGAGCCAAACGAAACCCUCCUCGGUGAUGGCGUGGGAGUGGCCAAUUUCGUCUACUUUAUAUUGUCAGGGCGAUGUCAGAUGAUUGAAACCGUUCAAGUGGUCGUCACCACCCACUUGGGCAAGAGUUACUACGCGCUUUAUGAUCCAUAUGUUCCGAAGGAAGAAAGCGAGCAGGACUUCGACCAAAAAUACUUUGGAGCGUACAAAAAUUUGAACAAGGAGAGUAAGGAAUCUCGCCCUUCUACGGCUAGCGAGCAAGAGGGCCCAGCACCAGAUGAGGUGCCUAGGACGUCUAGCAUUUUGAAACAAAAGAAAUCGACCAGCGUACAGGCAGAUCAGGCUGAACCGGCAGAAAAAAGGGCCAGUGACAAUAGUGAAUCUUCCAAUAUGUUCUCGAUGAAAUCUCAAGUUUUGUUUCAACCUUCAGAGCAGACUCGUCCAUCAGUAAGAUUGAGCGUUAUUCCUGAAGUUCAAGAGAAGCCGGCAAAUCUUCGGACUUAUUUCAUGCAGGUGUGUCAACUGAAUCCCGGAUCCAGUUUUGGUUUCGGGGAGAACAUGCGGGAUCGCAGGAUCGUUGCGCUAACUCCAGUGGACUGCAUGCUGUUGCCUAAAAUAUGGCUGCUGCAGCGAAAUACCGCAAAUAUUUGGACCCGUAUCCAACAUUAUUUGGAAAAGAAGAUCCCAACAAAGAAGCAGCUGUUCAAAGACUUCGUGGCGCACCGCCGCUGGCAGGAGUUCCGCGAGCAGAUGGUGACUGACGUCAUCUCCAGGUCCAACACCGUCAACUGGACCUCCGUGCAUGACGUGCCGUAUUCCAUCAGGAUGGAGGAGAUGCUUGACAUUUGAAAUAUAUUGUUUUAUAAUUCUAUUGCACUGAAGUAAACUUUCGGUGUUUAUUAUUGGGCUUAGAUGCUUCAGAUUUGUUGAUUUAUGUGCGCUUUGUUAAUUAAACCAAAUAUACAUUUGUUA